UUUGAGUGAGUAUACCAGCGCGACGACCGAUUCACCAACCGUGUCCAAAAAUCGGCCCGCAAAACUAUCGAAAAACUCCGAAAAUAUAAACCGGUUCUUCUCAUUAAGUGUCGAGGUAUAUUAAAAAAAACGCGAGUGUAAAUAAAGCUUGGAUAUUUCUUCUGGAAAGUUAUGCCGGCAAAAACCCUAAAAAUAUGAAGAAGAUUUAGUGUGAAGCUGUAUAAAAAAAUCGCUUGUGAAAAAAGUUGGGAAGCAUCUAGAAGUUUUUAUUUGUGACAGAAGACUCAAAGUGCGAAAAAAAAACUCUUCUGAAACUAAGAUAUGCAGUGUUGAACAAGAAAGAAAGCUUCAAUUGAUUGAAGUAAUAUUAUUGGAAGCAAUCCUUAACAGAUAACCUAGAAAAUAUUUCACAAAAAUAUAUUUUUUUAAGUCAAGAAAAUUCAGUAACAAAGAAGAAAAAAAUAUCCAGUGACGGAAGAUGUUUUAAGAUAUAUUACUGGAAGCAGUCUUUAAAAGAUUCAUGCUUAAUUUUAAUCCUGGAAAUUUUAAAUUAACUUCUUCCUUCAAAAGAGAAAACCUAAAAAACUAUUUUACCAAAAUAGGUCCCUUUAAGUCAACAAAAUUCAGUGUUAAAAAAGAAAAAAUUGUUUCAAGUGAUAUUAUUGGAAGCAGUUUUUACCAGGAUUAAACUUUUUUUAAAAUUGGAAAGCAGCUAAAAAAAUCGUUCUCCAUAACAGAAUUCAGUGUCCAAGAGGAAAAAAAUCUCUAAAAGUAACAGAUGUUUUUUUAACUGAUGUUUAAGCUAUUUCUUUAAAGACUCAAAGUGACUUUUUGCAAAACGGUUUCGUAAAGCAGUUUUGAAGAGAUGGGUUUUAAAAAAGAACUUAUUAAAUAUCCGAUAUUCAGUGUUAACCUGUAAAAAACCGCAAGUAACAGAAGCUGUACUGAGUGAUAUUAUUGAAAACAGAUGUGAACGGGUCAAUUUUCUGGAAAUACAAAUUCUACUUGAUAUAAAACCUAUCAGGAAAUUCCAGAUAAAGCUUUUUCUUAGAUCAAAGUUAUUCUGUGUUGAAACAUGAAAAAAAUUGUCUGAAAAAGUUCUUUAGAGUGAUAGUGAUAGUAGAAAGCAAUUUGGUUUUCUCCAUAAUAAAAAUCUUCAAAAAAACAAUUUUACAUCGAAGAUUUUUCAGGUUGAAAGUAAAACUUAGCUAAAGUGGCAUACUGAAAGCAGUUUUUAAUUAUUCUAAGUUCAUUUUUUUGAGAAAAAAAAACCAAAAGUUGAUUAAAACAAUUAAUAUUGGCUAAUGAAAAGAGUUGUUUGGAGAUGGAUUCAUUAUCUUUUUUGGAAGCAUCAAAUCCACUACAACUUCAAAAGAACAGCUUCUUUGUGACAAAUUAAUAAAAAGAUACACAACUAAUAAGUUAGAAAAAAGUUGGAACUAGUCAGAACCUUCUUGUGUAAUGCAAAACUCUUGAGGUAUUUUAAACACAAUAAUUGUAAUAAAAAAUAAAUUUAAACAAUAAACUGUGGCUAUUAAAAUCAUUUUACUUAAUAACACAAGUAACUUAUCUAUGAAAGACCAAUUGAAUUAUAGAAAAGUUAAUAAGAAGAACAACAGGAACAUACAGUGAACUAAAACAAGUUAAAGGAGCAAUCCAAAAUAGUUUGUGACAAUACUGAAGCAACAUAUAAGAAGAAUUUUCAAAAAAUUCUCAAGACAGUGUGAAGUUUGGACCUAUCUGUUUGUUUGUGAAAAUUGUCGCGUACAAUUUAUAUAAAUAGACACCUAAAAAACAAAAUUUUAGUUGUUUUUCUCGGACUAUCCUGGAUAAAAACCGUCACGUAUCGGGAUGCAUCCAGUCUCUAUCCAGACAAACACUCCGUUCGCGGCAUGCUUCAUAUCAUUUUAAUAACUCAAUCGGCGCGAAUUUUUGUCCAGGCCUGUCAUCCGUAUAGCAGCCGCGGUCCAAAAAUUUCGGCUUUUGCCCACGCCAGUCGCUUUGAUUUGAGAAUUCGCUGCCAAGAAAAUAGCACAAAUGUUGCCACCGACUUAAUUGUGAUACCGGCGACAUAAUCAAGUGGACGAACCUCAGCCUUAUGCAAAAUUAUUUUCAUUGCUCAGUUUGCCAAAUAAUGGCCCCCCGGAUUCACUUCCAUUCGCGAUGAGUUUAUUUCUUGACUAGUUAACCUCUAAAACGCGGAGAAAAAUGGCAGAAAGAGCCUCUCAGAAACGAAAAAACUUAGGUAGAAGUGCCUCAACUGAAAGCACCGAGUAUUCCAUCAGCAUGGGGCGAUCGAUCAGGAGAAAAAAGCCGAAAGAACGAUGGUUGCUGACGAGGAAAACCUGGAAAUACAUGGCGGAUGCAGGAAGGAAACUUAUACCAGAAGGCGCAAAGAACUGCCCCGAAGACAUACCGAAAAUUGAGGCGCACUUUCAGGAACUGUGCAGGAAAGAAGCCAAGUUCUUGUUGUGGAGGAAAAACUCAUACCCUGGUGCGUUAGGGUUCAGGAAAAAAAGAAAGAAUGUCCCGAAGAAAGGAGGGAGUUGCCGAAAGGCUAUGUCAGAAGGGGAAGUUGAUAUUCUCAAACCUGAACGACCCAAAGAUUUACUUCUGGAGCCAAAAAUUCCUGGAAAAUUCGAUAUUAAGAAAAUGCGAGAAGAUUUCCUUAACAGUCCUUCAACAUCUACACCAACAGGAAUACCCUCAACAUCUGCAACGCCUGACCACGAAACACAUGAAGAUAAACAGUUGGUAAGCAUGCUAGAACAGUAUCUUCGUAUGGCUAACACUCCUGACGCUCUAAAAACAGGGUCUGCUGAUUUUAACUACCAAGAACUGAUUGAUAAGCUUCAAAAACAUCUUACUUUAACAUCGAGUCGUACCAGUUCUCCCUCACACUAUAGUAGUAACAGUAAUCUCUCACCAAGAACCAACCUUUCACCAUAUCAGUCAUCAGAACAAGUCAACUUCCAGGGAGAUUACGUUCAAAGAAGCCUCUUAGAUACUCUUUCAAGGUACUUUAGCCAAAGUCCUCACAGAGAUAAGGUGGUUUCUGAUCUGCUCACUGACCGAAAGGCUUUGGAGAAACUUUACUUCGAACUCAGAAAAGCCAAGGGUUUCAGGGGAAGUCGUGGAGGUACAGGGUAUUCUUCUCCUAGUGGUUAUCACUCUCCAUCCAGGACUUAUCACAGUACUCGUCUGGGACUUAGUCAUCGAGACCGGGAAGGAAAAUUCGUUCCAGGACAUCCACCUCCAUUGAUUGAAGUCCAAGGUGAAACUAUUGAAGUAACUUACAGGAAUUGGGGAACUCAGACUUUGCCAAUACCUGAACAUGUUUUGCUUGAGUGCGAGAAAGCUUACAAAAAGCAACAGGCUGAAGAAGAGGAGGAGAGAAAAGAGAAAGAGAGAGAAGAUAAACAUAAAGGAGGUUCUAGAAGGAAAUCUAGUGUGGAAAACGACGACGUGUCUCAGUCUGUAUCAGAUACAAUUAAAAGAUACUUAAGAAUGGCUAGGAAAAAGAGUGUGGACUCGGACAAACUAGACAGUCGAUUCAAGCGAGUGAACUAUGACAGAAAUUUGAGGAAUAUCAAAGCUAAAGGGGAGAUAACCAAGCCCGGGGAUGACGAUGGGCUGAACAAGGGUUGCCAGACGAACGACGAGUGGAUUGUGACGUAUCGCGAUCUUAAAAUGGCGGACGUGUAUGACGUGUCGGACGAUAGUCGGAUCUCGAGUGCGAGGAGUAGUGUGGACAUUGGGGUGUUCGAAUUGGAGGGGGGUAAGGGGACUCCGACUAGCCCCCCCAGUUCGAAAAGUGGUCACGGGUUCUUGAGUCACCUGUUGCACGGAGGAAAACAUGAUAAUAAAGCUGUUACAGCCACCGCUAUGCAGAAGAGCAAAUCUUCUUCUAGCGUGAUGCAACAGGGAAGUCGUUUGGUGGCCAAGAAAAUCUUCAGGUCGAGAUCGAAAAGUCAGACCAGGCCAUCGCAAACGCCGUGUAGUUGGACUCCACGGGGUAGCGGUGUGUGGACCAGCGUGACGGGGAGAGAAGUAAUUUUAGGAGAUACAAAUUUAUUGCAUUUAACGGAUAUAGAGAGGAAGGUCUUGCAAAAAGUUGCUAUCGCAAAGUUGCAAGCCUUAAACUUGGGCGUGUCUGUCAAAGUUCCUACAGAAACUAUUGGGUCAGUUCCUACCAAGAAAAGAAGGCCAUAUUUACUGAAAAGAAAAGCCAUAACAACUAGUAUAUUCGAUAGCAGUAGGAAAGAAAGUGAGAAAGAUGGAUCUACGCCUACCGGAGGUGGCUUGGUGUUCGGCAUACCACUGACGCAGUGUGUUGAAAAUGACAGGCUCAGUCGGGCAGCGUUCAGGACCUCCAGGACUGAUUACGUCAGUUCCCCGGAAGAGAAUACCGGCAGAGGAAUGGCGAGGCACGGGUCCAGGUCCAGCUUUAGCUCGCUAAUCGACACGCCAAAAGAUGAGACUGAUUCCUGUGAUAGUCUGAUGGGCAGAGGGAUAGUAGGAAGCGUUCCGGGACUCCUCGACGCCCUAUCCUGUUCCUCGACGGCUGACUUGCCUUGCGCCAUCAACGACGAAGAAUCCGGAGCCGUUCCUAACAUCAUAUCCGAAUGCAUUAGGCACUUGGAGCAGAACGGGUUGCAUACGAAUGGCAUUUUCAGGGUUAGCGCAUCGAAGAAACGAUUAAGACAGUUAAGGGAAGAUUUUGAUUGUGGGAAAGAAGUAUCCAUAGAAGAAAGUCAAUGUCCCCACGAUGUUGCAAGCUUACUAAAAGAAUAUCUGAGGGAUUUACCUGAUCCAUUGUUGUGUCGAGACCUGUACCAUGCUUUUAUUCAAACGCAAAGGAUACGUAACAGGAGACUGCAGUUUGAAGCUCUACAACAUCUAAUUCAAUUGUUACCACCAACUAACAGAGACACCCUCUACGCUCUGCUAAGCUUUCUGGCCAAUGUCUCCAAAUAUUGUAAUGACACCAAGAAUGCUCUAGGGGAAGAGCUUCCUGGAAACAAAAUGGACACUAACAACUUGGCCACUGUCUUCGCUCCGAACAUUCUUCACUGCAUCAAACCUGGAGGUAAAGAUAUGUCAGAUAGAUCAGAGGAUCGCAUCGACAUCAUAAACGUUGUAAGGACGCUGAUAGAUCACUACAAGCAACUUUUCUUGGUACCUGCGGAGUUGUUGGAUGAAAUCUACGUUCACAUGAUGGACUCGCAUCCGGAAGCUUUGGAUCAGUUGUUGAAUAAAAAGGAUGCCAUAGCUGGGGCAGACGAAUCAGUGGAUGAACUUGACUCAGAAUGCAAUUCUGCUCCAUGGACACCAACUCAGCCGAACUCGGAAGUUUCUAUGGAAAAUGCGUUCGAUCCGAAAUAUAUACAGAGUGAGCCGAAAAAGACCUAUUCUAGAGAGGAGUGUCUUCACGAGGCUGCAGCCACAGGUGGUCCUAAUGUUGGUAUGAGGAUUAGGCACAAAGACAAGAUUCGAGAACGCAGCUUACGACGCAAACGCGAAAAAUACGAGGACGGUCUGCUGUCCAGAGCCAGAGGCGCAAGGGACGAUGACGUCUAUGCCAAACACCGUUCCUCGUCCAUUGAAAGUACCAGUUCCACGCACACCGAUGACGUGGCCCGAGUUCUGAGGAUGAGCGACGAGAACAGUAACAUCGAGAGGCGAAAGUCCAGCCCGUACAUUCUGGACAACAGCGGAGUUUUGACAGCCAGUUUGACCAUUCCCGUUCAAACCGGUGUUUCAUACAAUACAGAUGAUGACAUUCCUUACAUAGAAGACGUAGACAACACCCGACAGCCCACUGUAAUAGGACUGGUCAAAGCGCCCACCAUACCACCCAGAAGAAGAAACAUUUCAAUCGGAAGCGACUCAUCCAUUUCCUCAACCAUUCAACCCAUCACCGGAUCACUAUCCUUAGGUCAAGGAUAUGAUUCUGCCGUAGGUUCAUCAGCGCCCACAACGUACUCAUCUCCGCACCAGAAUACCCCUACUUCAGUGUCGUCCAGUAUGGCAGACGCUGGACACUUCUCAUCGCCUCCCAGCUGGACAAGCAGUCCUCCAACGUCUCCGGACAGUAUCCAGACGUCGGUAAACUACAUCCCUGAUGACGUCAACAUUCUUAAACCAGCUCCAAAAGGAAGGGUUGUGGCCAAGGAGAUGCCCACUGUGCAGAAAGUGUCAUUUGCUCAAACUCCUUCUCCCCAAACUAUCCAGAAAGUUCGUGAGUUGAAGGCAGCAAUGCAAGGAGCUGAUAUUCCCAAGAGUUCCAGCGUGGUGACCUUUCCUGAAUCGAAAUCAGAAAGAGAACCACGUUUCACACCGAGCAUUACCAGCAUAGGAAAUGCCGUUCUUCGAUCCAGAACCGCUGAUUUUGAGAGGAUCAGCAAAGUUGAGACCAAACCAAAGAGUUCCUCUGUUACUACACCUUCCUCUGUUCAAAGCAGUACUGUUGCACCAACCACAACUAGUAUUGGAUCAUCGGAUAGGGAUAAAAAGAAAUACACCAAGAGAAGGUAUACGGAUUCAAGGCAUAUGACUCGACAUAUUCCAGAUUCUGAGACUCUGGAUUCAUCGGCUAACAGUGUUCCUAAAACAGAACCUAGUCCUGUUAGUGCAGGUCCAAAUGUAGGUCCGUUGUACAAAAGAAGAGAGCUGAUUUCUAGUGUACCAUCUAAGUAAAAAUUAUUUUUGGUGUAAAUGUUUUUAAUGUUUUUCAAAUCAAUUCAAGGUAUUGGAGACCAAUAAUAAUAUAACACAAAAAUUGCAUCUCAAAAAAAAUGAUUUUAGAAAUAAAUCUUGUUAAACGCAAAGAGGAAAAUGCCAAAAAUAUUGAGCUAUUUUUCCUGAAUUAUUUUUAUAUAAAAAACUCGUAGAUUUAAGUAAUAAAAUUAUAUAUAGCUUGUAUAAAAAUGUAAUAUAAUAUUAGAACGAUGUUUAAAUGUGUUCAAAGUUGAUCUUAUGGUGCCAAUAAAACAUAAUUUAUUGUAAGAUAAUACUCAAGUUAUUAGGUAUUAAGUUAAAGAAAGUAUAACGUGAUGAUAAACGCUUAGUGUUUUAGAUUCUAGUCAAUAAAUGGUUGAUUAAAAUAAUAAUUGUUGCCUUAGAGGAAUUUAUUUUGUAAGAAAGUGCCUUAAAGCUUUUUGUUGAUGGAAAAAAUACCCAAUAAAUUGUAUAUA